AUGUGGUAUAACGCUGUGGUGUGGGUAAAACAUAUGCUCAGUCUGGCCGCAGAGAUGCGCGGGCGCACCGCUACCGUCGCGUUAGCGCUCUGCUUUUCUAUUUCGAAUACGCUCGAACCGUCGCGUGUGGUAGGUCUCGGUAUAUCCGAUCAAAUCGUACCAAAACUUUUGACUUGCGCACAGACACUAGGCACAACAAAAUGUUUAACAGCGUUCAGUGCAUGGCGCGCGCAAAAAGCGAUCAAAUCCAUUGCGGAGCAUGACAAUAUAUCUUUAAACGCGGAUCUGGAACAAUUUCCAUGGCAACAAUAUACUAAUGCAUCAGAAGAUCACCUGUAUACGGAACUAUGUGAUGGGACGGAAGCGUUGCUUCAAUAUCGUCGACUCGGUCUCAAUAUUAAUUCAGAUUACGCUUUGCAUUUGGGUAGCCGCGGUAACGGAACGUUGACCGUUGAUGUUUUUAAAAGUGACGACAUGAACACCGGCCGUGGCUAUAUGAAGAAAUUGCACAAGAAAUUCUACAACAUUGUCCCCUUCUUAUUACUUCCUGGACUUAUCAUGUCUGCGAUCCUGCCAUUCGUCUUGCCUGCUUUAAAAAUGAUGACAGUAGCUGUAGGAAUAUUAAACAACAUGGCGUUAUCAGGCGCAGUGUUUACUUUGUUAAGAAAUAACGCAUUUAACGAAGCAAAUCGGCAUAGAAUUAUUUAUGCCAACGUAGGAUACCACAAUGAGAAGGAUUAUGCUGCAUCGAAUGAUCCACAUCACUAUUCGGAGCAAAAUGGCAAAAUAAUCGGUGAAUUUUCUCCACACGAUGAAGAAAACAUUUUCAUUAAUGGUAACACUGAAAUAGAGGAAGAUAUCCCGUUAAAUGCAGAUUUACCUUGGUUGCAAAAUGGAGAUAUAUCAAGUCACGUGUAUCAUCCAGAUACUAAUUAUUUUGAUAGAAGAAGCAGUAGUAGAAAUAAGAAUUUAAAUAAAGUUUUGUAG